AUGGCGUCGGUACAUCCCAACGGCAAAUCGGCGUUCAGUCAACCGCUUUCUCGCGGACAAAAGCUCCGUCUCUGGUUCCGCAAGUACUUUCUUGAAGGUGAGGUCGACCCUUUUUCACAAUGACCUUGUUCCCUGUGCUGAAAAUGGAAAAUUCAGAGACCCUCUUCCAUAAUUGAUUUGCGCGUGAUCAGAGGUCGUAUGCAAUAAAGUGGUAUAGCCUAUUCUGCGCCAGCUUGUCACGUUUUUCUUUCCGCCAAAAAGACCGUUUACCAAAUUAGAUCAAAUUUCUGCUUUUAUAACGGCAAGAAACAAAGGUCUUGAAGCGAAAGUUAGUUAAAUUUGACCUGGCCUUUUGGCGGAAAGAAAAACGUGACAAGCUAGCGCGGAAUGGCCUAUAAAAAGGUUUUUUUCGCCAUUUUUUUCUGAGAAUGGAGCUGGCCUAAAAAAUUUAGUUUUAGUUUUUUUCUUUUCUUUUAUUUUCAAAAGUGUUUCCGGCUGUUUCUAAAAGGUUCAAAAAAUAAUAAAAAAUAAAAAAGAAAAAGUUUCAAUGUAGAAAAAAGAUCUAGCAUACGGUCUCAGUUUCGAAAAAUUUUUUUGAACCAGACAAAUUCGAGUUUAUUUUUUUAAUUUUUUUUCAAUUUAAUUCAGACGAGAACGCAAAAAAAGCUGCUCCAAGUAACGCUUUAAUUUUUUUUUUCAAUUAUCUCGUAAAAUUUUGCUGAUGGCGUUCUGUGAAGUAGUCAGCUGCAGCGUAGCUCAGCUGGUAGGACUCUUUCCUACCGGCAACAGAGUCGUUUUCUCGAUUCUUUCUGGGUUCCUUUCAGUUAUCACAAGUGAACAUUUUACUUUUUUUGAACAAUACCUGUCAUGAACUUCGAACCUAUUAAAAAGGUGAUUUAUUGCUUUGUUCGAGCCGGAGACUCGAACAAAGCAAUUAGUUUAAAGUUUCCCUUAUUCUCUCGUUCAGUUUUCAUGAACCUGAAGUAGGUUGAAACGAAUUUGUUUCUUAAUACGAGGCGUAUGGGAACAAAAUUUGUCUUUUUUCUUUCAAAAUCGGAAAUUUCUGCUGUUUUUUCGCGCAAUCAUUUAAUUGUACGGCCAAACCGGUUUUUUUUUUUAGUUGACGGCAAGCGUUUCAGGACAGCACUUGGAAGAUGAAGCGGAGAAAAACCUUGCGAAUCUUCCCGAGAACCCAACUCUCCAUGACCUGAUCUUCAUCAAAUACCGCAAAUUUGUCGCAGGCCUCAUUCCCUUCCUCUUGAUUCAUGUCAGUCUCCUGGCCGCCUCAAAGUCCAAAAGGAGAUUUUUUCAGACAUUCUGGUGGUCGACGGCCAUCCGGCACAACUUUUUCCGCUGGUAUCCCGAUUACUGGCACAUGCCAGUCACCAUGGUCCUCGGCUCAUUUGUCGGCGGAAUGACGUCAGAAGGAGCUGGAGCGGUUGCGUUCCCCGUCCUCACGUUGGUUCUCCACGUGGCGCCUCCAAUAGCAAGAGAUUUCGCGAUCAUGAUUCAGUCUAUAGGUGUGUUGCAUUGAGAGACAGAGAGAGAGAAGAGAAGAGAUGCGAAACUUUAGGGAUGACUUCCGCGUUGACUUGUAUCGUUUUCAUGCAGGUCAAAAUCGAGCACCGCGCCGUCCUUCUCGGAACAUCCGGAGCCGUUCCCGGCUUCGUUCUUGGAGUUCACUUUGUAGGAUUCUUUGCUUCUUUUCAAAGAGUAUAAUAAGACGAUAAAUCAGUUUUGAAAAUGCACUUUUAAAAAAAGUCCCUAAUACAUGGACCGCUUUGAAAACAGACUUUCCUUUGCACUUAAUUCACAAAAGAGUUUUUGAAUUUUUAAAAACUCUUUGUGGAGCAGUAUUCGUAUAAUAAGAGUAGCCCUUGAAAAAAAUAACGUAGAUCACUAAUUGUUCCGUCUUCUUUUUACCUUCUUAAAUUUCUUGGAUCGAUAAAUUCAUCAAUGAAAAAUUUUAACGAUACGAUAAGAAAUGAAAAAAAAGUAAAAAAAAAGGUUUCCAGAUAGAUCCGCUUAUGACUGGACCACAAAAGAAGAUGCUAUUUGUCGCUAUUUGGACGGCUUUUGCAUUUGCUCUGGCCAUCCUGAAUUCCCACAAGAAACGAACCACCUUCAAAGAAAUCCCAGAGUUUUGCUUCUGGAAAGGACUCGUUCUGUUUGUCACAGGACUCAUUGGAGGUCUUGCUGAUUGUUUCAUAAAAUUAAAUUUAUUUCGGACACAGGUAUCUUCGACUCUUUCGCUGGCUCUGGCAUCGAUGUGAGCAUCUUCUCGGUGAUCACACUUCUGUUCCGAGUCUCGGAAAAGACGGCGACACCGACGACCGUCGUCCUAAAAGGAAUCAACGCAGUUUUUGGUUUUUACUAUCGAGCCGUCAUGAUGGGCGACAUCAGUGAGGUCGCCUGGAAAUACUUUGCCGUCACGAUUCCAGUCGCUUCUUUCUUUGCCCCCCUUGGGGCUUUCAUCGGCUCGCAUUUCCAUCGCCAGGUCAGAUUUUCAUCAUCACUCUAAUUUCUAGACUAAGUUUUGUUUAAAGAAGCGUCCAAACCGACGGAGGAAACUCAAAUGUUCAAAUACGAGAAUUUCGUUCGAACUAAAUAAGCGAACAGUAUUUUUUUUAAUUAAAAAAAGAAAGUUCAGGUGGUGGCGGCGUUCAUCUACAUCUUGGAGCUGGCGACGCUCAUCGGCUUCCUGUGCAACGGACCUUCGUGGCAACUCCUCGUCAUCGGUUCUGCGAUAAUCGUUUUCGGCUACGUCUUCUUUCACGCUUUAUCACGUGCCGGCGGCGUCCUUCUGCAGUCCAUCCAACGGCGGGGCAAACAAGACGUCUUUUAG